GCUGAUGAGGAUGAUGAUGAUUAAAAAAGAAAUUGCGUGGGCUGGUUGCAACGUUAGAAGGCGCCUGUAUUGCGUAAAGGCAAUAUAAUGAAUCCCGAAAGAGAAGAAAAAGAAGAGAAAAAAAUCUUGUAUAGCCUCGUACGGUAUCGCUCGCAUUUACGGACGAACAAGUACCGCUAAUCGCUUUAUAUACACCACCUUUGAAAACAUGAAUGUCUUAUGUCAGGAAGGAAAAAAUGGUAAAGAGGAUUUUGAAAUUUCAAACAGGAAGUAUUGGAACAUGUUCUUCGGCCCUGUUUUGUGAAAGAAAUGAAAAGAAGAAGAAGAAGAAGAAGAAGAAGAAGAAGAAGAAGAGAAGAAGAUGAGAAACACGAUAGACGACGAUAUACACCGGUAUACUCCCUCCUCCUUUAUUUCUUUGGCUCGACGGUGUAAUCCCUAUAUAUGUUGAUACUCGUGUUUUUUUACUCUUCCGCGCACGGGACCCGCACCCUGACCCACAAGUGUGGGACUAGUCAGUCAGUCAGGCGAUGAAACCUCGUACGAUUAGGAUUGGCUAUUGUAAUUCGCGGCCAAGUGUGACACGUGCUUGAGAGUUGUGUGUACAUACAUAUAUAUAUAUCCCGAUCAGCUGUGUGAUCUCUCGGGGCGAGAGAGCUUUUUUUUUUUUUUUUUGCAUCAUCAGUGAGAGAGAAAAAGAGAAAGAGAGAAAGACACUUAAAGGGAAAGAUGCAAUUCCACUCGAUCACGGGAUGCAUCGUCCUUAUUUUGAUCCUUGGCAAUGUUUCUGCACAAGAUGACGAUUCAUUAGCCGGCAGCUUUCUAUCAGGUCUUUUGGAUUCGAUAACGAGUACGGCGAAUAGUGCUGAUUGUCCAGGGUAUUGUGUACACGCCCUGGCAACUUUGAUAUGUUAUGAAGUUUUAGAGGAUGUACAAUGUCCAACAUCGAGUAUGAGAUGUUGUUUAGAAGCGCCAUUAAAUAGUACAGAUUUAUCGUCCGAAACUUCAAACGAUAUUAGUGAUAAUGUCACGACAACAUUGGCGACAACAACGACAACGACAUCAACAACAACAACCACGACAACUGCUUCGCCAACGACAGAAAAAAUUAUAACCAGUAAAUCACCUACAACGCAAACACCAUCGACAACAACUUCUUCCCUUACAACAAUUUCUUCCAUCACAAAAUCAUCCACGAAAAGUAGAAAUGGUACGAAACAAGUGGAAACCGAAAGUGUGCAAAAUUGUACGGGAAUUUGCAUGGCCGAGCGAAUCGCUGAUUAUUGCGAUGCAGUGCUUAAUGUUGAAACACUUUGUAAACCGGGAUAUCGUUGUUGUGUGUCACGCGAUGCAUUUGGCGAUUCACCACCACCGGAAUUAGUUGUCAUUGAUAGGACAAAAUUAAAUGGUACACGUCCUGAUGAAAAAUUUGUGUCAACUACAAUGAAAACACAGGAAAAAAUAACAUCACGACCACCAUCUCAAAUUCGACCAAUUACACUUGGAUCAUUGUUAACAACACCAUCAACAAUUGGAAUAUCAACACCAGUGCCAGAGAGACCAAAACCAGCACUUGGCGAAAUAUGUAAAGGCGAAUGCGUUAAUGGAUUAUUUGCAUUUCUUUGCGAUAAUAUUGAUACCGAUGCCGAUUGUCCUGGCGAUGGAUUUUGUUGUAUCACGGAAGCUCCCGCAAAUCCGGAACCAACAACAACGGAGAAACCAGUGACAAAACCUCCAGAAAUAAAACUUCCGUCGUGUCCUGGUUUUUGUAUUUUACCGAUAAUGGCAGCAUUUUGCGAACGACCGAAAAUCAUUAUCUCGCGAACAUCCACAUGUCCCGUUGGACAAGUUUGUUGCGGAAGUACCAAAAGUUCCACUCCGCGACCGAGACCAAAGCCAAAACCAACACCGCAAAGAACGGUGACGACAACAGUUGCUCUACCUCCGGAUCCACGACCAGAAUGUCCUGGAUCGUGUAUCAUGUCCUAUUUAUCGUUUACAUGUUUCAGAAAUGCAGAGUUAACGAAUAUUUUCAAAUGCAAAAAACCCGGUCAUCAGUGUUGUGCACAAAAAUCAAUAAUUCGUGAAUUUACGGAGGGAAAUUCGACGGAAUCAACUCUCGCUAAUCGAAACGAUACAUACGUUACUCUUCCACCACGAGCAAAUACACCGUAUACGCCAUUAUCAACAAUUAUUUAUGAUACAACAACAAUUCCACCGCCGCCGCCUCCAAGUACAACGAAAAAUCCCGUUUACAGUAAAUAUGUUUGCGGUGUAAAAGGAACGUCACGAACACCAGUACAAGCGAGGGAUUUUGAUCGAGUAGCAAGAGUCGUGGGUGGUGAUGAUGCGGAAGCCAAUGAAUGGUGUUGGCAGGUCGCAUUAAUCAAUUCCCUCAAUCAAUAUCUAUGCGGUGGUGCUCUCAUUGGAACGCAAUGGGUCCUAACAGCCGCACAUUGUGUUACAAAUAUCGUACGAUCGGGAGACGCAAUUUAUGUGAGAGUGGGCGAUCACGAUUUAACGAGAAAAUACGGUAGUCCUGGCGCUCAAACAUUACGAGUGGCAACGACAUACAUUCAUCAUAAUCACAAUAGUCAAACGUUGGACAAUGACAUUGCAUUGUUGAAAUUACACGGACAAGCGGAACUUAAAGAUGGUGUUUGCUUGGUUUGUCUACCGGCGAGGGGUGUCAGUCACACGGCAGGAAAACGAUGCACCGUUACCGGUUACGGAUAUAUGGGAGAAGCUGGUCCAAUUCCGUUGAAAGUUCGCGAAGCCGAAAUACCAAUUGUCAGCGAUGCUGAGUGCAUUAGAAAAGUAAAUGCAGUUACGGAAAAAAUUUUCAUUUUACCAGCGAGUAGUUUUUGCGCUGGUGGAGAAGAAGGCAAUGACGCGUGUCAAGGCGACGGAGGUGGUCCAUUGGUAUGUCAAGACGAUGGAUUUUACGAAUUGGCAGGUUUAGUAUCAUGGGGCUUUGGUUGCGGUCGAAUCGACGUCCCCGGCGUUUACGUUAAAGUAUCGGCAUUUAUUGGUUGGAUAAAUCAAAUAAUAUCUGUAAAUAAUCUUUAGCUCUAAUUAGUUCUUUCAUUUUUAUUUUUAUUUAUAUAUAUAUAUUUAUACGCUUAUUUAUUUAUAUCAUUGUCAUAUCAGCGCAUCUUGACAGUUGAGAAUCUUGAUUGAUAAAUAAGCACCAUCGAUGCACAGAAGAAGCGAAUUCUAAAGCUAAAUUGAUCUAGACUUUAGCAUCGCAACUGUGAUAUUUACUAAUUGCAAAGUAGGGAGAAAAAAUUGUAUUUUUUUUUUUUUUAUAAUUUCUGUAGCACAUUUUAAUAAUUUAAUGAAAGAACGUUAGGAUGCGCCAAAAGUUUCAAAUUGAAACUCAGGUAAAAAAAUGAGAUUGUUCACAUUGUGGAGGCACUUGAGCAAAUUAUUGAAAUUGCACUAUUUCUUCUACCAAUUAAUUCUAAUUAGGAAAUUUGUACUAAUUGGUAAAUUAUUUCCAAAUAGUUGAACAAAAGACUUAUAUCUAUAUAUAUAUAUAAAUUUGGGGAAAUAUUUCCCAAUUUUGUUUUUUUCGCUUCUUGCAAACACCAAAUAUUUCAUUCAGAUUAUUUUUUAAUUAAAAUCUUCAAUUGUAUUUUUUUUAGAUUCGUUUAAUUUAAUUUUGAGUUACAUAAAUUUUUUUUUAGUCAUUAAUUUAAAAGUUUUAAAAAAAGUCGAAAUUCUGGAAUUACAUUUUUUAGAAUUUAAAAACUUUUUUUUUUAUUUUCAUCGUUCUCUUUAUUUUCUCUAAAAAUUGAUUGAGAUUCAUCCUUCACAAUCAUUGUUUUCAAACUCAUUGUGUAGUUUUAAAAAUUACAUUAAAUCAUUUUUAUAAUAUAGAACAUUUUGUAAAUAUUAUAUAAAAUAUCGAUUUUUGAUAUAUUUUUUUAUUUUUUUGAAAUUUAAAAAAAUGAAAUGAAAAGAUAUUGUACUCUAUCUUGCUUUGUAUAUUAAUGCAUUGUUUUAUAAGUGUUUAUUAAAAAAAAAGAAGUGUAAAAUUCUUUUAGUAUCUUUUUAAGUUAUCUUUAAAAAAAAUUCUAGAUUUAAAUAUAAAUUAUAAUUUCGUUUUAUAGUUAUUGACACUUUUUUUCAUCUCUCGUUCAUGUACAAAUGUAUUAAUUUGAAUUAAAACAAAAAAAUAAAAAACUAUGUACCUAAUAGAGUAAUAUUUUUUCUUAUUUAUAAUAAUCUUAAUUUUCAGUUAAAAUUGAAUACACAAUAUAUAUCAUGUAUAUUAUUGUCAUAAAUCAAAUCUAAUAUUAUUAAAAUAUCGUAGUAAUUACGAAGCAACUUUUUAAAUUCCCAUUUGUUUUUUUUUUGUUUUUUUUUUUUUAAACAUAAGUUUAGAUAUUUUCUACUAUUUUUUAAUUUUUUUGUUCUUCCAUUAUUGUUGCUUCUAAAAUAUAUAAAAAUUAUUUUUGCACUAAAUUUCAA